AUGUCGACUUGUAAUGAGCAACUGAGGAAAGAGUUCAAGAAAGAAUUUGCGAAAGGGGCUAGAUUUAAAAAUGUUCAACUCUCUGAUGGCAUUGGAGACCUUAAGUUCUUCACUACAAUUCUGAGGUUAAAUAAGUGGCUAACUGAUGUGGAGAUGAAUGCAGCAAUUUGUCUGCUAAGAGCAAGAGCAUUCGCCUACCCUAAGUCGUACCCGGCGGAUUUCACCAUCUUAGAUUGCCAGUUUGGCCCUUUGAUUACUUCAUACUAUGACGAUUUUGUUGCUGACUCGGUUGAUCCAGAAAAACCAGCUGGCCAUACUUUCUCUGAAGUCAUUUACCACUACCACUGGGGUCUUGCACAUUUGACACAUCAGGUUCGUCGCCCUACCUCUAGCGCGGUCGAAAGACUCCUACACCCGUACAAAUCUUUAGAGGGUGUAGCCUACAAUCCGACUGCCUUUCCUAGAGAUGUAGAUUUCGCCUACUACAGCUGGUCGAGUUUUGUUUCAGGUGCUGGCGUCUUGGUGUUGGUUCUUCAUCUACUUAUGGAAGUACCUACUGAUAUACUAUGUGAGACUGUGCAGGUGCGGUUGCAGGCCGUGCGGCUGUUGAUUGUAGUCAAAGAUUGUGCGGUUGCUAGCUUUUUGUGUAAGCUGCAAGUUCGUACUGGUGUAGGUGCAGUUUUGCUGAUUGUAUUAGACAAUGGCAACGUUCAAGUGACGUUAACUACUCCUGGUGGAAGAGUUGUUGGAAUUCAGUACCAUGACAUUUCCAAUUUACUACACGAUAUUAAUAACCCCGACACUAAUAGAGGUUAUUGGGAUAUGGUUUGGAAUAGACCAACACAUAGACAAUACGAUCAACUGGAAUGCACGAGUUAUAAAAUUGUGUUUCAAGAUGAUAAUCAAAUAGAGAUUUCUUUUACUAAGACAUGGGAUCCUUCUAAUGACAAUGGCGUUACUCUUCCUCUUAAUAUUGACAAAAGGUAUGUGAUGAUGAGAGGAGUUGAUGGGUUUUAUACAUAUGCAAAAUAUGAAAGGUUUCAAGGAUGGCCAUCUAUGAGCAUUGACCAAACAAGGGUUGCUUUCAAACUUAACCAACAACUGUUCAGUUACAUGGCCGUAUCGGAUGCAAGACAAGGAAUUAUGCCAACUGAAAAUGAUCGAACUCAUGGAAUUCCUCUUGAUUAUCCAGAGGCUGUUCUUCUCACCAAUCCAUCUAACCCAUUUUUUAAAGACAAGGUGGAUGACAAGUACCAAUAUUCAAGUAAUAUAAAAGAUAACCGGGUCCACGGUUGGGUAUCAUCAAACCCGGCUGUUGGCUUUUGGGUCAUAAGGCCAAGCAAUGAGUACAAAAUGGGCGGACCUCUCAAGCAAGAGCUUAGUUCUCAUGUUGGACCAACUAGCUUAGAAGUGUUCUUUAGUUCACAUUAUGCUGGGGAAGUGUCAAUGAUGUUUGCAGAUGGAGAGCCAUGGGAGAAGGUCUUCGGCCCGACCUUCAUCUACCUUAACUCUGUUUCGCAGGACAUUAAGAACCCUGGUUGGACCCUUUGGGAGGACGCCAAAAACAGGUUGCUGGAAGAAAGUAAUAACUGGCCAUACAAUUUCCCGCGGUUGGAGUCUGGUUUUCCCGGUUCUAAGGAGCGUGGGGUGGUUUGGGGUCGAUUACUCGUCCAUGAUUGGUACCAUAUUAAUUCAAUCUCAAAACAAUGGAUCAUGAAUGGAAGCUAUGCUUAUGUGGGUCUGGCUGCACCAGGGGAACCUACCUCCUGGCAGACAGAAAAUAAGGGAUAUCAAUUUUGGACAGAAGCCGACUCCAAUGGUCAAUUCUCAAUAAAGAAUGUCCGACCAGGGAACUACAAUCUGUUUGCAUGGGUCCCCGGAUUCAUAGGAGAUUAUCGUUACGAAAUUCAAGUCGAUGUUACUCCAGGUGGGAUGAUCGGGCUUGGUGACAUUGUGUAUUGGCCGGUUCGGGCAGGUCCGACCUUGUGGGAAAUUGGUGUUCCAGAUCGAACCGCGGCUGAGUUCUACGUGCCAGAUCCAAGACCGGAGCGAAUCAACCCUGUUUUUGGACAACAAGAAGACAAGUUUAGACAAUAUGGAUUAUGGGAACGUUACAGUGACUUAUACCCUGAGAAGGAUCUCGUCUACACUGUUGGAACCAGUGAUUACUCUAAAGACUGGUUUUAUGCUCAUGUUACUAGGAGAAAGGCUGACAAUUCACAUGUGCCCGCAACAUGGACAAUUUUAUUUGAUCUUGUGAAUGUCAAUAAGGAUGGAACUUAUUACUUUCGUAUAGCUCUCGCAGCGUCCUGUCUAGCACGAUUGGAGGUUCGUAUCAAUGAUCCGAACUUGGCACAAGCAGAUCUUUCGACGAGAAUGAUUGGGAGAGAUAACGCGAUAGCGAGACACGGGAUUCAUGGACUUUACAGGAUGUUGAGUUUUAAGAUACCCGGAUGGAAGCUUUGGUCCGGUAGAAAUGCCUUUUAUCUUACUCAGUCAGUAGGCAACAAUCCUUUCAGUGGAUUCAUGUAUGACUAUCUUCGGUUAGAAGGCCCUGCAUAA